AUGUCAGAGCCAAUGUUCACAUACUGUCGGGAAAUACUGCCGGCGAGCUCAGUGGACCGGUCGGUCAGCCUGAGUUUCACGGGGGCGGGCAAGACGGAGUUGGUCUUGGCACGCGGCAAUGUGCUGGAGCUCUACGAGGUAGAAUUCGUCAAGCGGCGGCAGGGACAGUAUGGCAGCAAUGAUGAAAGCAGCCGAGACGUUCCCAGCGACGAAUACAUGCACCGGAGCGCGAAAGCAGAGGAGUUUGACUUCCCGAUGAUCACAGGCGGCGCGCGACGCGGGGGCAGGGGCGGCGAUCCGGGUGACAGCAAAGUGCCGCAGCUGCAUCUGGUCGGGCAGUGGAGCCUGAACGGGGCAAUCAAGGACAUGAAAGCAGUUCGGUGCGGGACGCGCGGGCGGCGCGGCAUCGACAGCCUUUUGCUGUCGUUUUCAGAGGCAAAGAUGUCGCUGGUAUCAUUUGAGGCGAGCACGCAGACGCUGGUAACGGAGUCGAUUCACUACUACGAGCACGAGACGCUGAAGCCCAAGUCGUUCAACGACCACCAGACGUGCGACCUGCGGGUGGAUCCGGCUGGGCGGUGCGCGCUCCUGCGGAUCUACGAGGACCAGGUGGCGGUUCUGCCGCUGAUCGCACCAGACGAGCCGUCGCGUAACGGGACAAAGCCAUACAUGGACAGCUACGUGAUCAACCUGCGAGCGGCGGACAUUGAAAUCCACAAUGUGAGGGACUUUGUGUUUCUGAACGGGUACCUGGAGCCGACGCUUGCGGUUCUGCACGAGCGGCAGGUGAUGUGGGCGGGGAUGGCGGAGAAGCGACGCGACACGUGUGUGGUCUCGAUGGUGUCGCUAGAUUUGGGACGACGGGUGAUGUCGGUGAUCCAGACAGCCAAUGGACUGCCGUACGAUAGCCACACGAUAGUGCCGGUGCCGCAGCCGAUCGGUGGAGUGGUGGUGAUGGCGGCGUGCUCGAUCUCACAUAUCAGCAACGGUACGCUGACGUGCAUUUCGGUGCUGAGCAAGCUGGCGUGCUAUGGCAUUGGGGUGCAGAUGCGGGACUUUAUCGACCGCACGAACAUGGAGCUGGAGAUGGUGCUGGAUCCAAGCCGGUGCGGACUGGCGUUUGUGCGGGCAGACACGCUGGCGCUGUGGACGCAUAUGGGGCAAGUGUUCCUGGUGCGGCUGGUAGGCGACGGGCGGCGCGUGGAGCGGAUGGUAGUCAAGCAGAUCGCAGGUAUUGACUUCCGCAAGGAUGAGCAGCGACCGCAGGAGCACAGCUGGGACAUCUUCAAUGUGCUGCCGUCCAGCGUGACGGAGUUCCACAUGGGCAGUGAUGAUACUGCCGAAGACGACGCGCAGCUUGUGUUUGUAGGCGGGCGUGACGGGCGCUCGGUGCUGCUUGAGAUAAGCGAGGCAGCAGCGGGCAGCAGCGGUGCGACGGCAGCGGCCAAGAGUGCCAGCAAGAAUGAAGUUGACGACAUUGACGCAAUGCUCUAUGGCGACCAGGGCAUGGGCGCGCAACACACGCUGAGCGCAUCAGCAGGUGCAGAUGGCGGCAACAGCGACGGCAAUGGGCGGGCAGGCGACGGGCAGGACGCGCUGGAAGGCUGGCACCGGCGGUUCAAGUUCACAGUCCACGACGAGAUCCUGGGCACAGGGCCGAUCGUUGGGAUGGACGUGGGAGCGUCGGCGCUGGCAACCUCGCGCAGCACUGGCGACGAGGGCCUGGAGCUGGUGACAUGUGCAGGCAGCGAAUGGCGUGGCAGCCUGCGGGUGCAGCAGCGGCAUGUACGGCCGGAUGUGGUGGCAUCGUUUGAUUUGCCUGGGGCGCCAGUACGGCGGGUGUGGACGGUGCGGUGCCGCAAAGAGUACAACAUUGGCGGAGUCAUGCAGGCGGCCGACGACGAGUCGCUGGAGGACGUGGCGGAUACGUUCAUGGUUCUCUCACGCGACAGCUCGUCGGCGGUGUUCCGGGCAGGCGACGAGCUGAGCGAGCUGGAGCGCUCGGGGUUCUGCACCACAGCGGCGACGGUGGACGUCCAGGAGAUCCUGGGGCACACGCGCGUGGUGCAGGUGCUGGCGGAUAGCGUGCGUGUGGUCAAUGCGCAGGGCCGCGAGACGCAGACGAUCAAGCUCGAUGUGGGUGUCACAGUGACCAGUGCGCAGAUCAGCGAUCCGUAUGUGCUGCUGAAGACCAGCGACGGGCGGUUCCAGCUGUUCGAGGCCAACACCAGCACGCGCAAGCUAGCGCCGGCGGCAUUGCCAGCUACGCUCAGCGGCAUCGAGGAGGUUGUGGCCACCGCGUUCUUUGAGGACACGUUUGGGGUGCUGACGUCGACCAAGGAGUGGAUCGAGCGCAAUCCGGAGCAGUAUGCCGAGCUGCUUGACGAGUCAAGUCGCACCAAGUCGGGCGACGACGCCGAGCUGGACUAUCUGUACACGGACCGCACGGCGGAGGGCAAGCGGCGAGCAGGUGGCAAGCGCAGGCAGGACGGCGCGCGGAAACGGCAGCGCGGGGCGGGCGCCAGCUACGACGACCUGUAUGAAGACGAGGAGAGCAACGACAGCGACGCAGCAUCGACAGGCGAGCCGGCAGAUGGCGGGGAGAUAGCGGGGGCAGGGCGGCAGGAGGUGGAGCGCUCGGGCGCCGAGAGCCGCAUGUACCUGGCGGUUGUGUGGCAAGGCGGCGACCUGAGUUUGCUGCGACUGCCGCAACUCGACGAGGUGUGGCGCACGCCGCGGUUUGACUACAUGGCCGAGGUGCUGGCUCCGGUGACGGGCGGCUCGGGCGAGCCGGACGAUGCAGCGGGUUUCCAGCAGGCGACGCGGCGGCUGGACCAGCUGGGAGUGGUGCAGUUGGGCGGCCGCGACCUGCGCAACACGCACCUGGUGGCUGUGACCACUGCCGGUGAGGUCGCAGUGUACCGCGCAUUCGAACACUGUGCACGCGACGCGCUGGACCAAGCGCAGCAGGUGACAGACGACCAGCUGGCGUUGCGAUUUGUGCGGGUGCCACACAGCGUGCUGGCAUAUGAACCCGACUACGAGGCUGAGGUGCGGAAGGCCCAGCGGCGCCAGGCACGUGCGUUCGACGCCUGGAGCAAGCGAGAGAAAGUGCGGCUGGAGCGCCUGGCGCUGGCCGAGCGGCUAGCACGGGAGCGUGCACGGGAGCGCCAGCGCCGCGAGGAGAACGACACAGUAGCCGACUGGGGCGAGUCGGACGACGACAACGAUGACGAGCACCUGGUGGUUGAGGCCGAACUGGACAUGGAUAUGGGCGAGGACGAGCCGGACCUGUCGGACGAGUUCGACAUCGACUACGACCCCAGCACGCCGCUGGUGUCUGCGCCCAAGCUGGCAGUGCUGGAAAAUAUUGGCGGAUCCGCUGCCGUGUUCGUCGCCGGUGCGCGGCCGAUGCUGGUGCUAGUGGGCCGCAAGCAGCACGCGCGUGUCCACCCGGUGCGGCUGCCGGUGCGGCUACCGCAGACGCUGCUGCCACGCUCCGCCGGUACUGCCGCCGAUUUCGACGCGGUGGCCGCCGGGCUGCUGGCGCCGCACCAGCCGGUGGUGAGCGUGGCGCGGUUCCACAGCUCGCAGUGUCCGCACGGCUUCAUUGCGCUGACGCAAGCUGGCACGCUGGUGGUCUGUGCACUGGCAGUGUCAGCGCAGGCGGCGCGCGGUGGCAUCGAGUACGACUCGGCGUGGCCCGUGCGCACCAUCCCUGUGGGCACCGCGCACUCCGGCAUCAGCACUCUGGGUGGCGUGGCCUUCCACGCUCCGUCUGGCAGCUAUGCCGUGGCCGCUGCUGACGUCACGCCGUUCUACAUUAAGGAGCCGGACCCCGAGCUGGCCGCACGGCUCCGCCAGGCACUGGACCCGCAGCAGGCGCUGAUCCCCGAACACAAGCGUCCGGAAAUUCCGCACCACGGUCCGCCGCGCCGCUGUCCGGUGACGUGGGAGACGGUCGAUACACAUGCCUUCGAGGACAACGAGCACAUCACCUGCAUGAAGACGCUGGAGCUCGAGUCACGCCAAACUGCCGGUGGUCGCCGUGCCUUCCUGUGUGUGGCCACUGCCUUUGUGCUGGGCGAGGACGUCAGCUCGCGCGGCAAGGUCUACAUCUUCGAUAUCAUCGAGGUCGUUCCGCUGCCUGGCCGCCCACAGACCAGCCGCAAGCUCAAGCUGGUCUGCCAGGACGAGGUACGUGGUGCCAUCACUGCGCUGGGCGAGCUGCGAGGCCAUCUGGCUGUGGCUGUCGGCUCCAAGAUGUAUGUGCGCGUGGCCUUCCUGGACUGCCAGACGUGGGUGCGGUCGCUGGUUGGCAUGAAGGGCUUCCUGCUGAUUGCUGACAUGAUCAACAGCCUGUGGUUCGCCGGCUUCCAGGAGGAGGGCCCCACCAAGGUCCAGGUCCUGGGCCGCGACUUCAGCAACAAGCUGCCGGUUGAGGCCGCUGACUUUUUGGUGCGUGGCCACCAGAUGCAGCUUCUGGCUGCUGAUGCCUACGGCCAACUGCACUUUUUCCUCUACGCCCCGCACGACGUCCACUCGUUCAAGGGCCAGAAGCUACUGCGUCGUGGCGAAUUCAACCUGCACUCGCGCGUCUCGGCCAUCAAGCGCCUGGUCGGCCGCUCUGCUGAUGCCCAGCAGGUGUGUCUGGUGGCCACGGCUGCCGGCUCCGUCAUGGCUGUGUCAAUGCUGGACGAGCGCACAUUCAAGCGCAUGCACCGCAUGAACACGCAGCUGGUCCACGGCGUUGUGCCGCUGGCGGGCCUCAAUCCGCGCGAGUACCGGGCCGUCCCGCUGCAUCUGCGCCAGUACCACUCGCCCAGACGCACGGUGCUCGAUGCCAAUCUGCUGGUGCCCAUGUUUGCCCAUGGGUCGGUGCUCAGGCAGCGCGAGACCGCCCAGCGUGUCGGAACCACCGCUGACCGCGUCCUCAGAGACAUCGUCAGCGUCGAGCAGUGCUUUGCCUUUACGUAG